AUCGUGAAAGAAGCUUAUAUCUUCUUGUAAAAAUCAGUUGCGUAGAUUAAUAUACUAAAACCUUUGAAAUACUGCGCAAUUUGGACUUAUAACUAAUAGCAAAACAUAUAGAAUUGCUACAGAACUCCAAUCUAUCAUAAUCCGACGACUAAUACACACAACACCAUCCAAUGAGCGCUACAGCCCAGUCCAAUGGCACAGCUACCGGGGGUGCCGCAGAGGCUUCCAAUUCUGGCCAACUGCUGGCCUCAGUUGUUCCCAGAGACGUCAGAUUGUUACAUUUGAUAUUUGCAACUCAGGGAAUCCAGAACUACGAAGACCAUGUACCUUUACAGCUCAUGGACUUUGCUCACAGAUACACCAAGUCUGUGUUGAAGGAUGCACUCGUAUAUAACGAUCAUGCCAAACCAGCCACAUCCAACUAUAGUUCCACAGCCAACAGCACUGUUAACACUGACGACAUACGGUUGGCCAUAGCUGCCAGAACCAACUACCAAUUCAAGCCCACUCCACCCAAGGAGUUGCUUUUGGAGUUGGCCGAAGAGAGAAACUCCAAGAGUCUUCCUCCAGUGAUUCCAAAAUGGGGGUUGAACUUACCUCCUGAAAAGUACUGCUUGACGGCCCGAGACUGGGACACCAUCGACGACGAACCUACGGAGGACGAACAAGAGAAAAAGAAGCAACGACUGUAGUCCCCAUGUAUAUCAUGUAACAAUAGAGUAUCAACGAAUAGAAAUAGCACAAACCCAUUUCAUUAAAUAAAAGUACUAUCAUAUAUAUCAAAAGGAAGAAGCCAUCAUAUACUUUCACAUAUAUACAAUUUGCAUAUCUUGAUUUCCUUGUCUUCUUCCUCUAUUCUAGGAUAUACUCUAGUGUAUGCAUCUUGUAUGUAUAUUCCACAGUAGAGAAUCUGCUGUUGCAUACAUUAACCAACAUAGACCAGCCAAAACCCCAGCCAAAAUUCACCAGUCCUUAUCUAAUUUCUUCCAUGACGAACACCAAAAUUUUUCUUUCAAAAUUUUAAUAAAUUAUAUAUCACUUAUCUUACUUAUCUUUAUAUAUAACCAACAUAUACCUAUUUAUAGCAGAAUAUCUCUGUGGAAUUCAUUUAUUUGCUAUAUAU